AUGUGAUGUACACGGAAGUGUAACUCCUCCGCACCGCAGUUGUCAGUACCUUGCAGAGUUGUAAAACCGGUCUACACCGUUAAUGUCUAAGUAGUAUAUUGAAACAGCUGGUUAUGGUUAGUAGUCAGCUCGUAUCUAGUCGUCAUGUUAUUGUUGAGUGUUGUUAGCAGUGUAUGUCUGCUCCUAGCGACACUACAUGCGGUACAAUGUGACGCCGAGUUGAAUACAUCUACAGGUGAGAAUACCGGACAACUCGGGAAGUAUUCGGUGCAGCUCGUGACUAACUCGUCCAACGGCACCGACCUAACCUACGGCUUCGUCUCGUGCGGGGUGGCCGUUCUGUUUUACGGUUCUAACUUUGUCCCCGUGAAGAAGAUACCCACCGGAGACGGUCUGUUCUUCCAGUGGGUGCUGUGUGCAGCAGUCUGGAGCGUCUCUCUGGUGGUCAACAUUAUUCUGGGGUCUCCCACCUUCUGGCCGCUAGCCAUGCUGGGGGGGGCCAUCUGGGCUACAGGUAACAUCACGGUGGUCCCCAUAGUGAAAACCAUCGGUCUGGGUCUGGGCCUCCUCAUCUGGGCCUCUUUCAACCUCCUCAUUGGUUGGGCAAGCUCCAGGUUUGGCUGGUUUGGGAUCGAUGCUGAGGAAGUUUCUAACCCAACACUCAACUACUGUGGAGCAGGAUGCUGUCUGCUCAGUGCUGUGAUCUUCUUCUUUGUGAAGAGUGAUGUUCACAGUCAGUCCUCCAGACCAGAAGAGGAGGAGCCACUACUCAUAGACGGCUGUGUAAAUGCAGAUGGUGGGACGUCGUCUGAUGACUCGUGGGUCGACACACUAAGACCGCGGACCAAAAGACUGGUUGGUUCUCUCCUAGCUGUGGCAGCAGGUUUGUUGUACGGUACCUCAUUUGUUCCAGUUCUCUACAUUAAGAACCACGCAGCACAUCAUGACAGCCGCUACCACCGGGCAAGCCAGUUUGAUCUGGACUAUGUGUUUGCCCAGUUCAGUGGGAUAUUCCUGACCAGUACUGUCUACUUCCUGAUCUACUGCGCUGCCAUGAAGAACACACCUAGAGUCUACCCUAGAGCAAUACUCCCUGGCUUUGUCUCUGGGGUGAUGUGGGGUAUUGCUACCUGCUGCUGGUUUCUGGCCAACACCUUCCUGAGUGCUGUGGUCAGUUUCCCCAUAAUAACCACGGGUCCUGGUCUGAUUGCAGCUCUUUGGGGAGUGGUGGUCUUUAAGGAGGUUAAGGGUUGGUGUAACUUCCUCAUCCUGGGCAUGGCGUUCUCAUUGGUUCUCGCUGGAGCCCUGCUGACAGCCUUCUCCAAGGUGUGACACACACCUGGUCUAAGGUGUUAUGACUUUCCGCCAGACACUCAGGGAACCAGGAUGGUUACUGUACUCCAAAAGGGAACUGUCUUUUCACCUAGUUUCUAUGGAAAUCAUUUCUAGUUCGUCUCUUAAUAUUUUAAUGUUCGAUCAAAUUAUUUGUCUAUUUCCAUGAAUUCAUCUCAAAGGGAUACUAUUUUUAUACCAGUGGAUGAAGAGGGUUAACUGUAGAGUCAAUACUUCCUGUUGAUCUGGCCAUCCAAUGUACGGGAAAUUGCAAGUCAACCUGCAAAGUAAACACUUCUAAGAUCAACAUGACUAAACUAGAAAAAGGUACAUUUGUUAAAGAGAAUGCGUGGUCUUUCAGCUCUAUGAAAGGUUUUGUAGCCUACCAUAGCCAUGUUGAAUAAUUAUAUAAAAGGCGUUGUUGGGUUCUGAGAAUAUGAAAUAUACUUAUUCAUGUCACUGAGGGAGAGAGGGUAAUGUAUAAAGUUUACAUUGUGUCACUGAGGGAGGGAGGGUAAUGUACAAGGUUUACAUUGUUAGGGUAUGUCACUGAGGCAUAGGGGGUAAUGUAUAACGUUUACAUUGUCAGGAUAUGUUAUUGUUAGCCAUCAGGGAUCCUCUGGGAGAAGAGACAGUCUGGUACCAGUCACCGUGACAGCCGUGAGUUGAGGAGGAGUGAGCCAUUUGGGGUUAGAGGUCAGAUGAAGUGAGGUAGAACAGAUAUAUCACCAAGGUUCUGCCUAGCAACAGAGAUGAAUUGGCUGUUCAGAUGUGUAGGAGGAGACUCGGCAUAGGAGGAAGGGUUAAAUAUCAGUGUGAAUGUUUUUGUUGGUUCAGCUGUUCGAUCAUUUGGGAUGAAUAAACUUGGUUUAAGCCUUCA